CCGCGCGCCAGCGCCGCGGAACUUUUAGGGGGCGGGAGGCGCGGUUGGCGCGUGACGCUGGGCCUCUCCGCCGCGCGCGUCUAAGGCACUGAUGUUUGAACAGGAAGCUUCAAAACUUUUUAAAGAAACUUCAGAAUGGCUUUGAACCACACAAGCUAGAAAUCGCCCCGGAACACCACCUUCAGCAUGCGUCUCCCCUGUUGGGCUUUCCUGGCGAGCUUUUUGAAGCCGUCCUUCUGCGGAGAGCCAGAGAGCUGAUGGUCACCAAAGGAGAUUAGUGGAUCCGACUCUCCUGGCAGAAUUCUCUUGCUUUAUCACAUUCUUUCCCAGGGUUCUAAGAGGCAUGGAGGUAUUCAUGGAACUGAAAGGCUUGCUAGGAGGGAAGUAGCACUUUCAUGUGGAAUGAAAACUAAGCAAGCGACAGUUGUGACUGAAAGCACUUAAGCCUCCCACGUCCUGAUGCACAUGAUUGGGGACACAGAGAAACGGUCACUGCUGGGAGAGAGAAGCCAUAACUGGACAAGAAACCCCAAUAAAGAGGAUGAGGGUGACUGGAAAGUAAAUGGCUGCCUCCACCUCAACAGAGACGAAGUCAGCUUCAUGGUGGAAUUACUUUUUCCUUUACGAUGGUUCAAAGGUGAAGGAAGAAGGGGACCCAACAAGAGCUGGCAUCUGUUAUUUUUAUCCUGCUCAGACCCUGCUUGACCAACAGGAGUUGCUCUGUGGGCAGAUUGCCGGCGUGGCGCGCUGCAUCUCUGACAUCUCUGGCUCUCCGCCCGCGCUCAUCCGACUGCGGAAACUGAAGUUCGCCAUCAAGGUUGACGGAGAUUACCUCUGGGUGCUGGGCUGUGCUGUGGAGCUCCCUGAUGGCAGCUGCCGGCAGUUUCUGGACCAGCUGAUUGGAUUUUUUAAUUUCUACAAUGGACCCGUUUCUCUGGCUUACAAGAACCGUUCCCGGGAGGAGCUGAGCGCCGAGUGGAACACCUUCAUUGAACAGAUCCUGAAAAACACCAGUAAUCUGCAUAAGAUAUUCACUUCCCUCUGGAACCUGGACCAAACCAAGGUGGACCCCCUGCUCCUGCUGAAAGCGGCGCUCAUCCUGCAGACCUGCCAGCGCUCCCCUCACGUUCUGGCCGGCUGCAUCCUCUAUAAAGGCCUGAUCGUCAGCACCCAGCUGCCACCGUCUCUCACGGCCAAGGUCCUGCUUCAUCAAGCUGCAUCUCGGGACCAGAGGACGCCUGCAGGAGACGCUGCCCGGCAGGAGCGUGGAGCGGCCCUGCCCCCGAACGUGCACGUCCUGCCCGUGUUCGUGACGGAAGAGGAGGCCGUCAGUCUCCACGGGUUCCCGGGGGAGCACGUGACUAGCCCUCCCGCAUCUCCAGCCAGACUCCAGGAGCGCUCUACCCGGCACCCUCCAAAGGGUGGGAGCCUGUCUGCCUUGAAAGAAGGUAGCACCGGGCGUGAGGAACCUGUGGCCUGGACAUGGGCAGCCACGUCGAAGUCCAGGUCCCCUGACAUGGCCUGGCCAAGUGGCAGUGGCAAGAACAGGCACUACCCCGAUGGUCACCUGGAGAGCACCCAGCCUGUGAGCCCGCGUGGUGCCGCCCGGGACUGGCCUCCUGGUCUCCGCUGUGUCCUGGGGAGGGCGCCUGCCUUUGCCGGGGGCGUGGAGGACCUGGACUUGUCCGAAAUCCACAUCCCAGAAGCUCAGGAAACGGGAACACCCUCGGGUUAUCUUGCCUCCUCGAGUGCGUGUGUCCCCGGUGGUGCUGGUCCUUGUCACCAGGACUCCCUCGGCAACUCUGGCAAUAUGGACCUGAAGCCUCGCGAGGCCCUGCCUGUGGGCACUGCCGUGGGAGGCAGCCUCUCCUCCUCUGCGCCUGACAUGCUCAACCCGAAUGGGAACCUGGAGCAGCACGAAGACCUUCCUGGGGGCCGCAGCCAGGGCCCCGUUCCCAGGGAAGGCCUCCGCAGGAGGACGAGCUGGCCGUUGCCAUCACCUUGCUCAGGUUUGAGGCGGGAAGGAACCAAGCUUCCAGUGGGGGAACAAGGCACAGAGCAGUGUGCGGAUGGGGACCCUAAGGGCCACUCGGCCGGCGGCCUGGAGCGCCAUGCAGGCCCCUCAGACUCUCCAGAGGACGUCCCCUCUGCGGGCAGCGCUGACCCCAGGGAGACCACAGCGUCCUGCGGAGAACUCGUGCGUGUGAACCUCUACACUCACAGCAUCAAAGGGCUGGUGCUGUCCCUGCUGGCGGAGGAGCCGCUGCUGGGGGACCACGCCGCCGUGGAGGAGGUGUACCACAGUAGCCUGGCCUCUCUGAACGGGCUGGAGGUCCACCUGAAGGAGACACUGCCCAGAGACGAGGCCACUGCCUCCAGCAGGACGUACAACUUCACGCACUACGACCGCAUUCAGAACGUGCUGACCGCAAACCUGCCACAGGUGGCCGCGCCCCAGGACCGCCGCUUCCUGCAGGCUGUCAGCCUGAUGCAUUCCGACUUUGCCCGGCUGCCCUCGCUGUACGAGAUGACCGUCAGAAAUGCCUCCACGGCUGUGUACGCCUGUUGCAGCCCCGCCCAGGAAACCUAUUUCCAGCAGCUGACAUCGGCUGUGCGGAGCUCUGGCUUCCCAAGUCCCCAGGACGGCGCCUUCAGCCUCUCCAGCAAAGCCAAGCAGAAACUGCUGAAGCACGGGGUGAACUUGCUUUGAACUUGGCCACAGUGGGAGGGUCAUCACCCUGGGAGGUGACUGUCAAAUGGAAUACCAACAAAGCUUCCUUUGCAAACAGAAAAAACUUCUAUUUUUCUGGAAUAUUCCCUUUUUUAGGAACUUAGGAUGCUUGAGUGUUUGGUACACCAUUUAGAGAUUGGAGUGGGACAGGGUAGUCCUUCAGGAUCUGUGGCUCAGGAUAAAGACCUUCACUACCCCUGGAGGUGGGGCCUGGAGAGGCGCUGUGGCUCCUUGCACCAAAGAGGGACAGGCCAGUUAGAUCCCUGUCACCCUGAGCCUGAGGCACCUGACAUCUCCUGAGCGUGUCUCCACAGAAGUUCAGGUUGGCAUUUUUCCUAGAACCCAGCCACCCCUGGUCUGAUGUGUUCCAGCCGUGUCUGCGGGGGGCGUGGUGAGGGGUGGCCUCACAGAGGAGCCAGGUUUGGUAGCAGGCAGCCCGGAUGCCCAUUGCUUGGGUAGGGGGCCGUCCUCCCAGGACGAGAAGGUCCUCCCCGGAGUCUGGGCCAGUUGGGUGGAGCUGCCUGGUCUGAAUUCUGGUUCCACGCUGGGAGCCUAUUCCGUGGAGUACCCAUCAUGGGGCAGGUCUCGACAAUGUGGAAGGGUGUUUGGGGGUUAAUGGUAACCAAAAGCCCAGGGUGCAGAGACUGGAGAACCGGGUGAGGCCAGGCCAGGCUGCACGUAUUUGGGCCAGGCGGCUGCUUCCCCCUGGGUGAGGGUCCCCAGUGGAAGUUGGGGUGAAAGCAGAACUGCGCUCUCUAGUGGCCACUGUGUGUGCCGUGUCCAAGAGAACCACCAUGGUCUGUGUUUCUGGGCGGUGUGGUCACCUGGGUUCUGGUAUGUCAUAGUCAGACGUGUUAUGAGAACACGGGGGGACCCCAGGGUGAGCACACCGGCUGGCUGAAGGGUCCGCACGUUUUCUCCAUAAAGUAAAAGACACAUUUUCCUUUCCACCAGUAACUUUACUGAUUUGGAUACUUUGAGUGUAGGCUCUCUCCCUCAUGGGAUAACGCUGAUUGUUCUCAAUUAAUGUCUCAAUUGAUCGCUGUCAACUCCAACUGGUCCACCGGACAGUGGAGCAUCGUCCGGACAGAAAUCUCCAGCAUGAAACGUCAUAAACCACUUCUGACACCUUCGAUCAGUCACAGCACCUUCUCCAUACAUGGCACAAAUCUUUUUUUGCAUUUCGGUUGUGUUUUUACCUUUUUUGAAAUAAUAAAGUGUAAUAUGCUGAAAAUAUGUCCUUCCACCUUCAAUAUUAAAAUGGCUACACAAAAAUUCA